UUGUAGUUUCAGAAGCAGGUUUGUUACCAUGGAAUCCACACUGUGACUGGAGUUGAGGAGUAGAAAGGUAACCAGUAAAGAUCUGGUUGAAAGAUAGGCUCUUCUCCUGGAAAAGCCUGACUGGUAGCAUUCAUUUAAGGGCUCAGCCCUGAAGUGCUUGAUCUCAUCCCUUCAGUUACUUGAAACUGAAGCUCCAGGAGACCUCUGAAGGAGAACCGGCCAGGCUCCAACCCUUCCCACAAAUGGCUAAUCCUGGAGGUGGUGCUGUUUGCAAUGGGACUCUUCACAAUCAGAAGGCACAGAGCAAUGACUUUCAAAGUGGAAACUGUGUUAAGAAUGGCAUCGUAAAGGAAGCCCAGCAGAACAGAAAGCCUCGUUUCUUGGAAAAAAACAUUUUUGAACCCUACUCUGAACCACCCCUCUAUGUUUUCGUUUUCACUUACAUGGGAUAUGGAAUUGGAACCCUGUUUGGCUAUCUCAGAGACUUUAUGAGAAAAUGGAGAAUAGAAAAAUGCAAUGCAGCUGUAGAGCGAGACGAACAAAAAGAUUUUGUGCCACUGUAUCAAGACUUUGAGAAUUUUUACACAAGAAACCUUUACAUGAGAAUCAGAGACAGCUGGAACCAGACCAUCUGCAGUGCCCCAGGGCCUUAUUUUGACAUUAUGGAGAGAGUGAGUGAUGACUAUAACUGGACAUUCAGGUAUACUGGAAGAGUCUUCAAAGACGUCAUCAACUUUGGCUCCUAUAACUACCUUGGCCUUGCAGUCAAACACGAUGACUCUAUGAAGACUGUCAAAGAUGUUUUAGAAAAGUAUGGCUCAGGUGUGGCCAGCACCAGACAUGAAAUGGGUACCUUGGAUAAGCAUAAGGAGCUGGAGGACCUCCUAGCUAAGUUCCUGAAUGUAGAAGCAGCGAUGGUCUUUGGGAUGGGGUUUGCAACCAACUCAAUGAAUAUCCCUUCACUUGUUGGAAAGGGCUGUCUCAUUUUAAGUGACGAGUUAAACCACACAUCUAUAAUUCUUGGGGCCCGGCUCUCAGGUGCAACCAUAAGGCCCUUCAAACACAACAAUAUACAAAACCUAGAGAAGCUCCUGAGAGAGGCUAUCAUCAAUGGCCAACCCCGCACUGGCAGAGCAUGGAAAAAGAUUCUUAUCGUGGUGGAGGGCGUCUACAGCAUGGAAGGUUCCAUCGUGAAACUGCCCCAGAUUGUGGCUCUAAAGAAGAAAUACAAGGCUUAUCUCUACAUUGAUGAAGCUCACAGUAUUGGGGCUGUGGGCCCCAAUGGCCGAGGCGUCAGAGACUUCUUCGGACUGGACCCUGAGGAUGUGGACGUGUACAUGGGCACAUUCACCAAAACCUUUGCAGCCUCAGGAGGCUACAUAGCUGGAAAAAAGGACCUUGUAGAUUAUAUACGGAUUCAUUCACAUAGCGCUACUUAUGCUACCUCCAUGAGUCCCCCAGUAGCAGAGCAAAUCAUCAGAUCACUGAAAUUCAUUAUGGGAGAAGAUGGGAGCACGCAAGGUUUGCAGAGAAUACAGCAACUUACAAAAAACAUAAAAUACUUCAGACGACGACUGAUGGAAAUGGGAUUCAUUAUCUAUGGCAAUGACUACUCUCCCAUUGUUCCGGUCCUCCUUUACAUGCCUGCUAAAGUAUCGGCUUUUGCAAGACAUAUGCUUAAGGAAAAAAUCGGAGUGGUAGUUGUUGGAUUUCCAGCCACUUCACUUGCAGAAGCUCGAGCUCGGUUCUCUAUUUCAUCAGCACAUACUCAAGAGAUGUUAGACAGAGUUUUGACUAUCGCUGAUAAGCUCGGUGAUCUCCUGAAUUUGAAAUACUUCCCACCCAAGAAGUCAGGACCCCCAAUACUCUACAAUGAGGAGAGUUUUGACAGCGAAGCAAGCUUUGAUGAGAUGAGCUUUGAUCUUGAAGAAUAAGUUUCCUGGUCCUGAAUGAAACAUAAAAACUGCCAGAAAGACCUCCCUCCUUGCCUCAGAAGGAUCAGCAAUGGAUUUUCCUCCUUCCUACAGACAAUUUUGUUUUCCAAACCAGCUUAAUUGAACUGAAUGUUUGUUUUUAAAGUCUCUAACUCAUGUCUACA